UGUAUGUUUCAGUCCGCUGUCCUCCUGCAUUGACACAGUUGUUCGUGAGCCACCAAUACAACAAGAUGGCAACUUGGAGCUCACCUGAUCAUCCUGAACACCCUCUUGACCACCCUCCUAACCAGGCAGCUGACACUGAAUGGGAGACUAUGUUUUUACAGACUAUACUGAAGUGGGACGUGCAACAAGAAUCACACUACAACAUACUUACUGCAGAAAAAUACGGUUCACUGUUGCAGGAGGUAAAGGAGGCUAAAACUGCUGAGAAGAAAACGUCUCUACAGUACAGAAGACUGAAGCGGUUUGAUGUCAUUGAAAUUGGUGGUGUUCAAAAACUGAUUGCAAGUAGCAAAAAUGACGAAGUUCGUUAUUACGUUCCUGCUCCCGAGAUUUUUGAAGUCAUUAAGACAUCUCAUGUAGCAAUCGGUCAUGGUGGUCGAGAUAGACUGAAAUGUGAAAUUAACAGGAAAUAUGCAAAUGUGACAGCCGAUAUGAUAAAGCUCUUCUUGACCAUGUGUGAAGUGUGCCAAAGUAAGAAAAAUAAAAAGAAAAGAGGACUUGUUUCCAAACCAAUCUUACACUCAGAGCUAAAUAGUCGGUGUCAAGUGGACUUAAUUGAUAUGCAGACACAAGCAGAUGGAAAAUAUAAAUUCAUAAUGGUUUAUCAAGAUCAUUUAACUAAAUUUGUGAUACUACGUGCAUUGCAAUGUAAACGUGCUGAAGAAGUUGCUUAUCACCUUGUUGAUAUUUUUUUAACAUUUGGAACACCCUGUAUUUUACAGAGUGAUAACGGAAGAGAAUUUGUAAAUAGUGUUAUAACGUCCUUAGCUUCUUUGUGGCCAGAGUUGAAAAUUGUGCAUGGAAAACCAAGACAUAGUCAAAGUCAAGGGUCUGUAGAACGGGCAAAUCAAGAUAAUGAAAAUAUGUUAAGUGGAUGGAUGAAAGACAAUGAUACAGCAAGGUGGUCCGAAGGAUUACGCUUUGUACAAUUUAUGAAGAACAGAGCCCAUCAUUCUGGUAUAAAUCGAAGCCCAUACAAAGCAAUGUUUGGUGUAGAACCAAGGGUUGGCCUUGCAACAACAUGCAUUCCACGAGAAUUGAUUAAAGAUGUAAAUAAUGAGGAGGAUUUGGAGAAGAUAAUUGCACAUGUAAACAAGGACACUGUUGGGGAAUCUAAUGUUGCCUUGCAGAUGACAAAUCAAGAUGACAUAAAUUCACGAUCUAGUAAAAGAAGUGAAGUGUUUUCGUGUUGUGUGUGUGAAAUGGAAAUAAGUGAAGGUCACUACUGCUCGAAGUGUGGCUUACAUAUUCACGAAUCUUGUGGAAUAAACGUUGAGAGCGGCAAGGAUGGCUUUGGAUCUAAUGUUAUAUGUUUAAACUGUAAUUCUGAAGCACAAAUAUCACAUGAUAGGCAAGUAGCUAGUACUAGUUUGAAAAAGCAGGCAAAAAGAAUGAAGACAGUAUCUGAUGCGUCUCACCCUCCAGCAAGUGUGGGACAAAAUGUUACUGUACCAAUUCCAGAUGUUGACAAGGGAAAAGGAGAUUUGCGGAAUAUCAUUGCAGUUGUUUUAAACAGAAGUGAGGAUGAAUUGUAUAAGUUAGGUACUAGAGACGGCAUUCUUAAAAAAUUGUAUAGUCGGUCUGAAUUUGAUGUGUGUAAACAGUUAUUCCUAGAUGUGAAAGAUAUACCUACCGACAAAGAAAUAUCUUUAAGAAGUGCAGCAACUAGUUCAAGUGUGGGAACAGGCCAAAGAUUCUUUAGAUGUCAUUGUACAAAACAUUGUGCAACCAACAUUUGCAAAUGUAAAAAAAAUAAAGUCCUUUGUAAUUCAAAGUGUCACAAUAGUAUGUCAUGUAAAAACAAAUAAUGUAUAUCUUUGUAACUUCAAUUACUAUUGUUUUAUUGAACAGCAUGAUAUGAAUUUCAUUAUUGUGUUGUAUUUUUAGUUGGAACUGUGAACUGAUUAUUGUUUUAAUGAAUAUUAAUAAAUUUCUUAAAAAUAAAUGUAAAAACUUGUCAGAUAUUAUUUACACUUGUAGCGCUUUGUCUUGGGUCUGACACAGUUUGUUUUAUUGAAGAGUAUGAGAUGCGUUUCAUUAUUAUUGUGUUUUAUUUUAAGUUGGAAUUAUAAAUUGAUAAUUGUUUUAAUGAAUUUUAAUACAUUUCGUUAAAAAUAAAUUGUGACAAUUUGGCAGAGAUUUUUUUUUCCUAUAUGUUAUCAAAGGUACCGCUAUAUAAUUUUGAUAGGAAUAAAAGCAUGUUUAUUAUUGCAUGUCCGAUUAAACAUUUGUUACUACACUUAGUGUGGGAAAUAUAUUUCCACAUAUGUGAAUAGACCAAUAAACGUUUCAGCCACCUAAAAAGGUACUA